GCAGAACGCGACCCACCCAGAGCUGCACGGGGCGGAGGAACAGGAGGCCUGGAAAGGGGGCGCACGGCGGUGAGCUCUGGACCCUGCGAUUGCGGGCACCGGACCGUGCCUGGGUGACCCGGGGCCGUCUGCGGGCCGCGCCGCCUCGUUGGUCGAAGCCGAGGCCUCUGCGCUCUUCCCGGGACCGUCCCAGGGCCCUCUUUAUUGGAGAACUGCGGCCCGCGAGCCACCGGCGUGGAAGAGAAGGACGCGCGGCCUCUGGCGCCUCUCCGGCGACCUCCUCGCGGACUAUGUCCCCAGCGGGGCGGCGUGGCGUGCUCUGAUCGCUGGGGUCCCUGCGCUCCUACAGCCAUGGGCUCGGGGAGACGACGUGAGACGACGGCCGUGCCGUUGCUGGUGGCCGUGGCUGCGCUGCUGGUGGGCGCAGCCGGCCACCUGUACCCUGGAGAAGUGUGCCCUGGCAUGGACAUCCGGAACAACCUGACCAGGCUGCAUGAGCUGGAGAACUGCUCAGUCAUCGAGGGCCAUCUGCAGAUCCUCCUGAUGUUCAAAACCAGACCCGAAGAUUUCCGAGACCUCAGUUUCCCCAAACUCAUCAUGAUCACUGACUAUCUGCUUCUUUUCCGUGUGUAUGGCCUGGAGAGUCUGAAAGACCUCUUCCCCAACCUUACAGUCAUCCGAGGCUCCCGCCUCUUCUUCAACUACGCCCUGGUCGUCUUUGAGAUGGUCCACCUGAAGGAGCUGGGGCUCUACAACCUCAUGAACAUCACUCGCGGCUCUGUCCGCAUCGAGAAGAACAACGAGCUCUGUUACCUGGCCACCAUUGACUGGUCCCGGAUCCUGGAUUCUGUGGAGGACAACUACAUCGUGCUCAACAAAGACGACAACGAGGAAUGUGGGGAUGUCUGUCCGGGCACUGCCAAGGGCAAGACCAACUGCCCGGCCACUGUCAUCAACGGGCAGUUUGUGGAACGGUGCUGGACGCACAGUCAUUGUCAGAAAGUUUGCCCGACCAUCUGUAAGUCACACGGCUGCACCGCCGAAGGCCUGUGCUGCCACAGGGAGUGUCUCGGCAACUGCUCGGAGCCCGACGACCCCACCAAGUGUGUGGCCUGCCGCAACUUCUACCUGGACGGCCGCUGCGUGGAGACCUGCCCGCCUCCCUACUACCACUUCCAGGACUGGCGCUGUGUGAACUUCAGCUUCUGCCAAGACCUUCACUACAAAUGCAGGAACUCCAGGAAGCCUGGCUGCCACCAGUACGUCAUUCACAACAACAAGUGCAUCCCUGAGUGUCCUUCUGGCUACACCAUGAACUCCAGCAACUUGAUGUGCACCCCGUGUCUGGGACCCUGUCCUAAGGUCUGCCAAAUCCUCGAUGGUGAGAAGACCAUUGACUCUGUGACAUCUGCCCAGGAGCUCCGAGGCUGCACUGUGAUCAAUGGCAGCCUGAUCAUCAACAUUCGAGGGGGCAACAACCUGGCAGCUGAGCUGGAGGCUAACCUUGGCCUCAUUGAAGAAAUCUCAGGGUUCCUAAAAAUCCGGCGCUCCUAUGCUCUAGUAUCACUUUCUUUCUUCCGGAAGCUACAUCUGAUUCGAGGGGAGACCUUGGAAAUCGGGAACUAUUCUUUCUACGCCUUGGACAACCAGAACCUCAGGCAGCUCUGGGACUGGAGCAAACACAACCUCACCAUCACUCAGGGCAAGCUCUUCUUCCACUACAACCCCAAACUCUGCUUGUCGGAGAUUCACAAGAUGGAAGAAGUUUCCGGAACUAAGGGCCGCCAGGAGAAGAACGACAUUGCCCUGAAGACCAAUGGGGACCAGGCAUCCUGUGAAAAUGAGUUACUUAAAUUUUCUUUCAUUCGGACAUCUUUUGACAAGAUCUUGCUGAGGUGGGAGCCCUACUGGCCCCCCGACUUCCGAGACCUCCUGGGAUUCAUGCUCUUCUACAAAGAGGCCCCUUAUCAGAACGUGACGGAGUUUGAUGGACAGGAUGCUUGUGGCUCCAAUAGCUGGACUGUGGUUGAUAUUGACCCUCCCCAGAGGUCCAACGACCCCAAGUCUCAGACCCCGAGCCACCCUGGGUGGCUCAUGCGAGGCCUCAAGCCCUGGACUCAGUAUGCCAUCUUUGUCAAGACCUUGGUUACCUUCUCUGAUGAGCGCCGGACCUACGGAGCCAAAAGUGACAUCAUCUACGUGCAGACAGAUGCCACCAAUCCUUCUGUCCCCCUGGACCCCAUAUCGGUUUCUAACUCCUCCUCUCAGAUUAUCUUAAAGUGGAAGCCCCCCUCCGACCCCAACGGCAACAUCACGCACUACCUGGUCUACUGGGAGAGGCAGGCCGAGGACAGCGAGCUGUCCGAGUUGGAUUAUUGUCUCAAAGGGCUGAAGCUCCCCUCCCGGACCUGGUCCCCGCCUUUUGAAUCUGACGAUUCUCAGAAGCACAAUCAGAGCGAAUAUGACGACUCGGCCAGUGAAUGCUGCUCGUGCCCUAAGACUGACUCUCAGAUCCUGAAGGAGCUGGAGGAAUCUUCCUUCAGGAAGACCUUCGAGGACUACCUGCACAACGUGGUCUUUGUCCCCAGAAAAACCUCUUCAGGCAAUGGUGCCGAGGACACUAGGCCAUCUCGAAAGCGGAGAUCCCUUGAGGAGGUGGGGAAUGUGACGGCCACCAUGCCUACGCUUCCAGAUUUUCCCAACAUUUCGUCCACCAUCGUGCCCACGAGUCAAGAGGAGCACAGGCCGUUUGAGAAAGUGGUGAACAAGGAGUCGCUUGUCAUCUCUGGCCUGAGACACUUCACUGGCUACCGCAUUGAGCUGCAGGCAUGCAACCAAGACGCCCCAGAUGAGAGGUGCAGCGUGGCUGCAUAUGUUAGUGCGCGGACCAUGCCUGAAGCUAAGGCAGAUGACAUUGUUGGCCCUGUGACCCACGAAAUCUUUGAGAACAAUGUUGUACACUUAAUGUGGCAAGAGCCGAAGGAGCCCAAUGGACUGAUUGUGCUGUAUGAAGUGAGCUAUCGGCGAUAUGGUGAUGAGGAGCUUCACCUCUGCGUCUCCCGGAAGCAUUUUGCCCUGGAGCGGGGCUGCAGGCUGCGCGGGCUCUCCCCAGGAAACUACAGUGUUCGAGUCCGGGCCACAUCGCUGGCGGGCAAUGGCUCCUGGACCGAACCCACCUACUUUUAUGUGACCGAUUAUUUAGAUGUCCCAUCAAAUAUUGCCAAAAUUAUCAUUGGGCCCCUCAUCUUCGUCUUCCUCUUCAGUGUUGUGAUUGGAAGUAUUUAUCUAUUCCUGAGAAAGAGGCAGCCGGAUGGGCCAAUGGGACCAUUGUAUGCAUCUUCUAACCCUGAGUACCUCAGUGCCAGUGAUGUGUUUCCUUCUUCUGUGUACGUGCCGGAUGAGUGGGAGGUGCCUCGAGAGAAGAUCACCCUCCUGCGAGAGCUGGGGCAGGGAUCCUUUGGUAUGGUGUAUGAGGGCAAGGCCAAGGAUAUCAUCAAGGGCGAGGCAGAGACCCGUGUUGCAGUGAAGACUGUCAAUGAGUCAGCCAGUCUCCGAGAACGGAUCGAGUUCCUCAACGAGGCAUCAGUCAUGAAGGGGUUCACCUGCCAUCAUGUGGUCCGCCUCCUUGGGGUGGUGUCCAAGGGCCAGCCAACACUGGUAGUGAUGGAAUUGAUGGCUCAUGGAGACCUGAAAAGUCACCUCCGUUCUCUGCGACCGGAUGCUGAGAAUAACCCAGGCCGUCCUCCCCCUACCUUGCAAGAAAUGAUUCAAAUGACAGCAGAAAUUGCUGAUGGCAUGGCAUACUUGAAUGCCAAGAAGUUUGUGCACCGGGACCUGGCAGCUCGAAACUGCAUGGUUGCUCAUGAUUUUACCGUCAAAAUUGGAGACUUUGGGAUGACGAGAGACAUCUACGAGACAGAUUACUAUCGGAAAGGGGGUAAGGGCCUGCUGCCCGUGCGGUGGAUGUCACCUGAGUCCCUGAAGGAUGGAGUCUUCACUGCCUCUUCUGAUAUGUGGUCCUUUGGAGUGGUCCUUUGGGAAAUCACUAGCCUGGCUGAGCAACCUUACCAAGGCUUGUCUAACGAACAGGUGUUGAAAUUUGUCAUGGAUGGAGGCUAUCUGGAGCCACCUGAUAAUUGUCCUGAGAGACUUACUGACCUGAUGCGCAUGUGCUGGCAUUUCAAUCCCAAGAUGAGGCCAACCUUCCUGGAAAUCGUCAACCUGCUCAAGGAUGAUCUCCACCCCAGCUUUCCAGAAGUUUCCUUCUUCUACAGCGAUGAGAACAAGGCUCCUGAGAGUGAGGAGCUGGAGCUGGAGUUCGAGGACAUGGAGAAUGUCCCCUUGGAUAGGUCCUCUCACUGUCAGAGGGAAGAGGCUGGCAGCCGGGAGGGAGGGUCCUCUCUGAGCAUUAAACGGACCUAUGACGAACACAUCCCGUACACCCACAUGAACGGGGGCAAGAAGAAUGGGCGCGUGCUCACCCUGCCCAGGUCAAACCCUUCCUAACAGCACCUGCUGGGGGAGGAUUCUUUCUGUUUUUAAACUCUUCUCUAGUUUGACCGCCUCCAGGAAACUCAGGAUAAUCAGGACUUGACCCAGAUGUGAAACUGAGCUCAGAGAUAGCUCAUACACGUUUCUGUUUGUCUUUUGACCCACAAAUACCACGUGUGAUUGCCAACCCUGCAAGCCGGCAGAGGGCUAACUGUGACCCUCCAGGGGUUGCGCUUUCCGUGGCUCUGCCCCUCCCCCUGCCACGGUUUCAAACCAGGAUUCUGUUGUUGCUGUUGUUUUCCUCAUAGAUGGAAAGAACGCAUCUGUUUUUAUAGGCGUUUUUCUUUUCUUGCUAGUGUCGGAGUUACAGUUAGUUGUCAAAGACAGAAUUUAUUUAUGGAGCACAAGUCAGAAAGCAAAGGAGAGACAGACAGAAGAAAACAAAAACAAACAGCCCAACCUAGAACCCUGUUCUAGCUUGGGCUUUGAGAAGGUUUCAUUAACCUGAGAGAAGGAUUUUAUUUUAGUUUGUUUUUUUUCUCAUUCACAAAAUCAGUUCCUCAAAUUGACCAAUAGCUGCUGCUUUCAUAUUUUAUUUUGGGAAAGGGUGUGUAGUCCUAAGUGUGUGUUCAUGUGCACACUUGUGUGCAUUUGUGUGUGUGUUGUGUCCAGGUUAGAGAACACAGGGUGGGGUGGGGGUUGUGUGUGUGUAAAAUAUUAUCUGGACAGAUGCUUGGGGAACUGGCUCAGGAAGCUCCUGAUGCUUGGAGUAGGUGACCUCACGUUGUCCUUCCUUCUUACUAACUCAGCGUCUGUCCCUCCAGAGAUGCUUCUCAGUCAGUCAGAAGUCUUGCUCAGGGGUCUUCUUUCCUUCCCUUUGGCAAUGUUUUCCAAAAACCGAGGGAGGACCGUUUGGUCUGGAUUCAUCAGGGGUGUUUGGAAGACCAAACAAAGCAAAGGACACACACACACACACACACACACACACACACACACACACACACACACAGGAAGUAGAAGUCAGAUGACAAUUUUGAGAAUAUAUUUGUAACAUAUUUAAUGCUUAAGGAAUCUCUGGCAUGAGCCUAAUAAGUUAUUAUUUCCUUGUGAGCAGGGAAGUGGGCACACCUGCCUGUGUGGGGAGACAGAACAGUGCGGGAGUCGCCUCUGUGUUUGGUCUUUGAAGCACACGUUUUUCUGAGAAUUAUACCACAUUAGCUGCUAGCCCUUCAGGACAUGGUGAGGUCUUGUGGAGUUUGUGAGAAACUGGAUUUUUGACUGGUUCUGCUAGCAAGAUGGACUGGAUGUUUCUUGCUUGGAAAAACUGGUGGUUACCGGGAGCUGAGCUGGCCUUCCAGAACACCUGUGUUCAUCUUUGGGUUCUUCUCUGCUUGUGUACCUCACCUCUUCAAGGCCUACAUGUUGUUCAGUCAUUGUAUUAAACACAGCAAACUCAUCCCAAAGACCGAUGACACAGAUGGACUUUGAGAACACUAAGCAAUAUGUAAAGGAGAUGCGCCCUGGGAUAGCUGUUGGUCUCCUCUGCCCUUGGGACAUCUCCUCUCCUCCACACUAACCUCCCACAGCUGCGCCUGGUGCCAGGAACCUCAGCUCGGGCCAGGUGUGGCUCCUGAGUCUGCCUCAGUCUGGAGGAGGCAACAUCAGAGACUUUCUUCACACCGCUAAGAACUUGUGAAAGGAUGUGAACCCACAGCUUCUUCUCUUUGCAUAAAACCACAGCUGCUCAAGUGAAAGAAACAAACAACCAUGGUGAACUCAUGGACUGGGGCUCAGAAUCCUCCCACACAUUCUUCCCUGUGUGCAUUUCCCCACAAAUAUUUGAAACCCUUCUCCUCUGGGAGAUGUGAGAUAAAGACCCAGGGUCCACUCCCAAACCCUCUUAAUUCUUGGUUGAGAACAUGAGGAGACACAAAUCCUGAUUGCCAGUUACUGUCCAGUUUGUAUUAGAAAAAUGGCAGACAUAAAAAUGUUACCAGGGAACUCAGUGAUUGGUACAAGAGGCAAGAGUCACAGUUUUUUUUCACCCAGAUCACUUUGUAAAUAGAGGGUCUGUGCAUCAAUGGAAGACAUGGAGCUCUGGUAUUUGUUGUUUAUUUUUCCUUUUCACAGUAAAUUUGUAGUGGUCAGAUGCUACACUAGCAGGAAUUUCCACAUUUUUCUAAUUCAAAAGGUUUUCUUAUAUUACUGGGGAAAGUAUUUAUUUUAAUAUAUAAAAUCACUCUUGAAAAUCACUUUUGUAAAAAAUGGUGUGCAUGUAACAUUUUUUUUUUUAUCAAGGAAAAAUAAAAACAGGUGAGUGUGGGUCAUGUUUUUAUUUCUCACAGCACAGUCUACCUCAGUGUCUUGUUAGGAUGAGGUUCAGUAACAGACGUCGAGGCUUUGGAAUUCUGGCUGGAUCGUGCUUUGAGUUGGGGAGCUGUGUACCAGUUGAUUUCUGAAUACCAGGGACUAGGAAAAAUUUUGAGAGAGGGAGUUGGGAUGAAGAAAUUAGAGCCUUCCUGAGAACCCAGAUUCUUCUCUUUGCUGAUAGUCUCCUGCACUUAACCUCCGUAUAGAGCCUGUUGUUGAUGCACACUCCUCACACAAGCUGCUCUUCAGUCUGUCUGGGUUUAGCCUCUCUGUGAGGUCCCUCAUCUCAGGUCUUUUGAUGAGAGGCGAUGAGGCUGUGAGCCAGCACCCACCACUGUCACAUAAAGUCCCCAGACAUGAAUGCAAAGGCACUCGGGGUUCUCUAACCAUUAUUCCUCCUUGCCCUUUUCAGGCGUAUGAGGCUUUGGGUGUUUGUGGUCACCUCCUACACAAAAAGCCAGUAUGAGGGCAUUUGGGGGAAACCCUAAUCUGAAAACCCAUCAGUUUCUUGAACGUAUUUUAAGCAAUGAAAGGAACCCUAUGCUGGGGUUUGGUUGACCUCGAGCUGACACUGUUUGGCCCUGUGCAGUUGUGAGAACUCUGGAAGUCAAGGCAGGGCCAGCAUGGCACCUGUUUUUCACCUUCACCAUUCUUGCUCACUUUAGGACACUGUCCUUGAAAACUCACUUUCUCCAUCUUCUCUGGAGAGAGGUGCCAACGUGGGGCGACCCUAUGAAAAAGGACUUCACCAGUUCCAUUUGAUAUCGACUGUUGCUGGGCAGGAAUCAAGUAGCCGUUGGGCCAUGAUACUUUUGGCUUCAGAAGAUGUUAGCUUUGUAAGAAAAGAACCUUGGGACCUAGAAAACCAUGGCUAUCCAGAGAGUUUGUAGUGAUGGGUGAGAGAGAGAUAAAGCGACAAAACCAGGUUUAUGUUGGCGCUUCGUUGUGUGUCUCAUUAUUUUAAAACCUUUUUUAUGAUCAUGGUGAGAGCCACAGAGUCAUUUCUUCCAGGAUACUAGCCGACGUGUUCUCUGUCUGUUCAUUGAUAGCAAGCACACACCAGGAAGUGCUCAUGUUCUUGGAACUCUUCUGGAUGCUUCCCUGUCAUCUGAGGCUAGCUAGAGGGGGAGAGCACAAAUUGGGAGAAUGUGGAGAUUGGUGGGGAGAGCUGCAUGUCUAUUUCUGUGGCUGUCGGGAGUGAUGCCACCAAGACAAGCACAGAUCACCCUUGUUAUCUUACCAGGACAUAUUGAUGACUGUGUUAAGGACAAUACAUUUAUUUCAAGUCUACUCUAACACUGGCCAAAGGGCAGCAUCACUGUGCAAAUCUGGUUCCUAUUGGCAGUCUUGGUUAAUGAGUGGCUGUCAUUCUAGCAAUGGUUUUUCUACUUUGUGAUAGGUGGUUGUGUUCUGGAUGCUAGCUGGUGAAUUCUUGAGAACAUAGACUCUUCAAAAAUUAUGGUUUUGUUGGACAUGGGAAAAGAAUAAUGCUGAUUUUGUGUAAAUGACACACAUAGGGUAGAGCCAUUUUAGAAAACCUUCCAGAAUGUUCCUCAGAAUAUGAAUUUAUACAAGAGAUGAGGUUGGGGAAUAGGGAUAACAGAUUAUCACUUGCUGUUUAAACUACACAAAGUAAUAUGGUCUUUUAAGAGGCCAUGACUCAAGAAAUAUUUAUCCUCAGGUGGUCCUCAAGAAAUGGGGAUCCACUUGAUAAUAGUCAGGGUCCAGAAUCAGUUUCUGGUCAAAUUUUUAUCUGUAUGUGGGCCAUUAUAAAAACGAAACAAAACAAAAAUUUGUUAAAAACUGGAUCAUGAACCUGGGAUUCUUGUUACCAUUUGAGAAGGAAGGAAGGGCCCUCAACUGUGUGUGUGUGUGUGUGUGUGUGUGUGUGUGUGUGUGUGUGUCCAUGCACAUGUCCAGGAAUGGCUUGUUUGGGUCUUAUCCUUUGUAUCAAAGUUGCUGCUCCUUGCCCCGUUAUGUGCUUGGGUAGCUACACCCCAUAUGUAAGCAGUGUGGGAUCAAAUGUGCCACAGUGCUGCAGAAAACUCAGAAACACAAAGCCCACCAAAAACACAAUGAUGUUUUCCUACAAGAGCCAAGUAGCAUCAUGUACAGAAUAUGCCUUUUUUUGUGAGGUGAGGGGAGGGACUGAAAUUGUUCUGCAUGUACAAUACAGGCUAAUUACUUGUUUAUAUUAAAAUUUGGAAUAAAUUA